AUGGCCACUGCUGCUCUGGCUCCAGUGGCUGCUCGUCCACCUUCCAGGUCAGAUCAACAACAUAAUGGAAAUAUCCAAGAACCUAAUCGACCUUUACGUUGGAGAGUGAUUGACGACCAACCACAUGUUGGAAAAUACAGGUUUAUACGAACUAUAGGCAAGGGGAAUUUCGCCAAAGUCAAAUUAGCGAGUCAUGUUAUUACGGGACAACAAGUCGCUAUCAAAAUUAUUGAUAAAACCCAGUUAAGUCCUUCAAGCCGUCAGAAGCUUUUCCGAGAAGUUAGACUGAUGAAAUUGCUGGACCAUCCAAACAUCGUAAAGCUAUUUGAAAUUAUUGACAACGAUAAGAUUUUAUAUUUGGUAAUGGAAUAUGCCAGUGGUGGUGAGGUUUUUGAUUAUUUGGUUGCUCAUGGAAGAAUGAAAGAAAAAGAAGCACGGGCUAAAUUCCGUCAAAUUGUUUCUGCUGUUCAGUACUGUCAUCAAAAACAUAUUAUUCACAGAGAUUUAAAAGCCGAAAAUCUCCUUCUUGAUGCCGAUAUGAACAUAAAACUGGCUGAUUUUGGCUUUUCUAAUGAAUUUAGUCCAGGCACGAAAUUAGAUACUUUUUGUGGAAGUCCUCCUUAUGCAGCCCCAGAACUAUUCCAAGGUAAGAAAUAUGAUGGUCCCGAAGUUGAUGUGUGGUCGUUGGGUGUUAUUUUGUACACAUUAGUCAGUGGGUCCCUUCCUUUCGAUGGUCAGACACUUAGAGAAUUGCGUGAACGUGUUCUACGUGGCAAGUAUCGCAUCCCGUUCUACAUGUCAACAGACUGCGAAAGUUUGUUGAAGAAAAUGUUGGUCCUUAAUCCAAGUAAACGAUACACUUUAGAGAUGGUGAUGAAAGAUCGUUGGAUGAAUACUGGUUAUGAAGAUAAUGUAUUGUCACCGUACAUAGAACCCGAACCAGAUUACACUGAUCCUGUACGUAUUGAGAUUAUGGUCAAUAUGGGCUUCAGUCGUGACGAAAUAGAGAAGUCUUUAACUCAAGGAAACUUUGACGACAUAAUGGCUACUUAUCUCCUCCUUGAUAGAAGACGUUCUUCACUUGAUACAAGUUCACGUGAUGGUUCAAGUCUUUCUUUAAGGCAAAGUACUCAUUUACUUUCUGCUACAUCAAAUCCUGCAGCUAGUCCACUAAUCUCAACUGGUGGUGUUAAUUGUGCGAGUGUGGAACAUACCUCAAAUAUUUGCCCAGACGAUACGUUGUCUGUUUUACCUACAAAUGCUGAUACUGGACCAAUAAAUCAAAACGCACAUUCAAGCUCUAAAUUUACGGUCAAUUCUGGAAGUGCCACUCGUUCUACAAGUACAACACCACCUAGUACAGUAACGGUAGUCAAUAAUGGUGUCAAUAACAAGCCAGCUAUGAAUAUAAUCACUCCUUCAUCUUGCACUUCUGGGUCGGAAAGUUCAGGAACUACAGGUACCAGUACAAUAACUCCCAUUUCACAUGUCAGUUUGGCAUCUACAAAUACAUAUUCAUCUUCAAGUGGAAACGCGAACGUGAAUUACAAUACAGCCCUUAAUGCAAUUGAAGCAUCAUGUCCUUCUAGUAAUGUUGAAUCAAUUAAGUUGAUGCGGAAUGACCUUGUUCGUGCUUCAGAUCGUCCUGGUAGAGAAGAAUCUAGCCGGAUUUUGGCACGAUUACGAGGCUUUACUGAUGAAAUGGCCACUCCAGUUGUUGGUGGGGGUGGGCUUACAGCUUAUCCAAAUGUUCCAGGCCAACGAACAAGUAUUGAUGCAGGUACCAGCACAGUUCGUCCAACUACUGCCGGCCAGAGAAAACCCAUUCCUAUCACUUCACAAGCUCUGGGUGCAAACACGAAAUCAUCACCAAACUCCAACUCAGCUAUGGCACGCCGUACUCAUACUAUGAAUUAUGGGACAACAACCCCAACAUCUGGAGAUCAACAACAUUCUGUUAGGCGCCAACCGAUCAAUACAAAUGCAAGUGGACGCAAUACAUGUGUAUUUGAUAAUGCUAAUCCUAGGAACUCAGUCGCUCUUUCUGGUAUCACUGGUCUUUCUAGUGGAUCUGCUUUAUCGCCUUCGUCUGAUAAAUCUACAUCUGGGUCAUCAAGCGGAAGUGGUAACAAUCAAGUUACAACCAAUGGUGCUGGAAGAUUACCAUCUCAUGAAAUUCGAAGCCAUGUUACUCCUGCACUUGUUCCUAUGACUACGCGUACUAACAAAGUACAUCAUGGUGCCAAUAUAUCUAGUGGUACUGGUGGUGCUUAUCAUGCAGGUUUAUUAUUGGAAAGAUCUGCAACGUUGAAUACUGCAGGUCCUGGUACUAGUGGUAAUGGAACUUCAUCAAAUCAAUGUGCUUCUUCCACACGUGGAAGUGAUGUAGUUGGAGCUGGAGAAUUACAUCGUAAUCAACCUUGUGCCAAUAAUGUCGGUCGAAGCGGAGUCAACGAUUAUGCUGUAACAUCUUUCAAUCGCAACGAUUUAGCGUAUAGUUCCCUUAGAGUGGGUACGUCAACUAACCAGGCGGGUUGUAACGCUACCUCUGUUGCCGCACGUCGUGUAGUUACAAAUACCAAUAAUAACACGUCUUCUGGAUUUAACAAUGGUAUAGGAACUAUCUUAGAGACUACACCUUUCCCUAGGCUUACACCAGAACGUAGAACUAUUCAUUCAACAAAUUCACCAAACAUAGACUUUGAUUUCGAUACAAAUAAUCAAAAUUCUAACAACACAGUCGCUGCUCGUUGUAUUAAUGUUUCACUUGCUGGUGCUGGGGCUACAAAUAGUAGUGGUAUGACUCACUUAACUCCUUCUGGCACUGGUCUUACCUUCUUCAAGGCACUUACUUCCAAAAUCGGUCGACGUGGACCUAAUAGUGGUGCAAUGGGCAAUAUGUCUCAGGCACUUACUGGUGGCACUGAUAUUUCACAUAUUCCAUUCUCAACGGCGGAUUCUAAUAUUGGGGCUUCCACAACCAGCUCGGGAUCAGGUUAUCUACCUGGAGAUUCAGUUUUUUCUGACUCCAGUGUACAUGGCGCAUACACCGAACCUGUUAGUCAGUUAACACCUGGAGGAAGCUCAGCUGGUUCUCCUGUUCCUCAAGGCGGGAAUCAAACUGUUCCUCAUACUGACGAUAAUGCUAAUGAUCAAACGAAACCACGAAGUUUACGUUUCACUUGGUCUAUGAAAACAACCAGUAGCAUGUGCCCGGAUAACAUGAUUAAAGAAAUCAAGAAGGUCCUUACGGCCAAUAAUUGCGAAUAUGAUCAACGUGAAAGAUACCUUCUCAUAUGUGAGCAUGGAGAUCCAAGCACAGAUGCGAAUGUUCAGUGGGAAAUGGAAGUUUGUAAACUUCCUCGUUUGUCUCUAAAUGGAGUUCGCUUUAAAAGAAUUUCAGGAACUUCUAUUGGAUUUAAAAGCAUCGCUUCCCAGAUCGCUAAUGACCUCAAACUUUAAUCAAUAACACUUUCGUUUGCAUACUGAUCUGUUUUAUAUCCCACUUCAAAUGAAGUUAUUUACUUUUCUGUAUACUUGAAGUGCCAGAUUACAACUAUGACUGUGAAAGAUCUUGGAUAAUAUUAAUACAUGCUCAACGGUAUAGUUUUUAUGCAGUACCUCUCGUUUUUUUUCAAAAUACUAUGCUGGGUCAUAAUAUCUUUGUUUCGAUACAGCCCACAAUGACAUGUUUUUCGUGAUUUCAAUUGUGUUCUUUGUCUGUAUGCGUUUCACAUAUACGCAUUUGUACAGGCCUAAUGAUCACUUUACAUGUGUGUAAAUCUUUUCUGUCAGAUCCUCUACAUUGUCCAAUUUGUAUUGUAGUGGUUAUUUCCGACCAAAUCUUAUUCAGACAUGUUUGUACUUUCCAAUUCUUUCUUUAUUAUUUCCUAUAUAUUCACUCCACUCAACAGCAUCAUUCGUUCUUAGACUUCUGAUAAUGUCCUCAGGAUUCCUUAUCUGCACUUUUCUGUUAACAUCCCUAAUGAAAUAUCUAAGCACACUUGUUUAUGUCAUCUAAGUAGAUUAUGACCACCCCUGUUUCACUUAUAUGUAUUUUUGUAUUUCUAACUGUCCCGGGUAUUUCAUUUUUGUUCGUUAAUUUUAUGUCUACCAAAUUGAGCUAUGGAAAUUUAUGUAAGUUAUUUCUUAGUCUUUAGUGUAGUACCUAUGUAUUCGUAUAGUAUUGUUUUUCAUUCCUUCAUAAUGAUCUCUUCUGUUAAUCUCACUACAUCUUUUCUUCUCAUUUAUCGUACAGUCGUGCCACCUUAUUUGAACAGUAGCAAUUUGUCGGUUUUAUUUUUUCAGUCUGUUAUCAUCCUCAUAACACUAUUUUCUCCUGAGGGUCGUCUAUCUCUACACUUUCAAUACUUCACAAUAAAAUACAAUAUAAGCCUUUCCUAUUGAUGCUCUGUUCCUUUCUGCAAGUGGAUCUAAGAAUGCACAGUAACUAAAAUUAUUACUUUUUUGCCUUUUACAAUGCAUGCGCCAUCGCCUGUGUACACCGUUGAUAAUUCCUAAGGAAGCCAUAUAAAACGAUUGUGUAAGUCCCGUAUCAAAUGUUUCAUUUUUGCCUUCGGGAAUGAUAUCAGUGUAAUUACUAGAUAUUUGCAUUCUGUUCCAAAUUGAUUUUUCUUCUUGGUUCUUUCGUUUAGUUUACCAUAUUCCUCACCAAUAUUCAAUGUCAUAUAUAUUCUGUGAAUAGAUUUAUUGCGUUCAAUUAGUAACAUCCUUAAUUAUUGUUAUUAUUAAUGAUGGUCUGUUCUUAUUGUUUCUGAAUCUCGCUGUUAAUAAUAGUAUUAAUAAUAAUACACAUGACUAAGUAACUAAACACAUUUCAAUCUAUUUGAGCUCUAACAUAUACUCUUCCUUUCAAGUGCGUUUUCCCAAAUGUACAAACCCUAUACACACAAAAAUUUGUUUCAAUGUUUAUAUUUUGUUAACUUCCUUCUUUCAUCUUUUGUUCGCCUCGUUUUUUCUUUAUAUUAUUAUGUAUGUUUUCGAUUUGUGAUAGGGUGAUUCCAUUUAAUUCUCUGAAUACGUUCUGUCCUAGAUGUUUAUUCUAAUGCAGGUUUCACCUUUAUUUCGUUAUCCAAUGCAGUUUAAAAGAUAUUUUAAUUUUCUGAAGUAUUGACAAUUAUUUUAAAUUCAUGCGGAAGUUACUUUGUGAUAUUGUUGCUGUUCUCUUUUACAAAAUUAUGAGUUAUCUUUUCUGCCAUGAAACCUAGUUCCAUAAUGUGGUGUGAUUUAUUUCAUACGUGGUUAUACACUUUUCUCAUCUGCACUGUUUGUUAUCUCGUGUAUCUGUGUAUAUUAGUAACUUACGGUAAAACUUAUUGCGCUAACUGUUCUUGUGGCGGAUGAUACAAAUAAUAAUGGGUUUUCGCCGGUGACUUUGCGAAAAGGAUAAAAAGUAGCUUGCCUUCUUUAAUCUUCGUACUGCUAUGUUUCACCAUUUCUAUUUUGCUUUUCCUUAAUUAAAUGUACCCUCUACAAAUUGUGUGCGAAAUUCAUUAUACCUUGGUAUGGAGAAAAAUCGGUUUCAUUUACUUAUGAUUAACAUUAUGAAAAACUUCUAUACGUAGUAGAUUAUCUCUUCUAUAUCAUGCAUACAUUUAAAUUGUUACAUCCAAAUGUUCGCUUAUUCACUAUCUUUCGUCUCUCUUAAAUCGUUUGUGUCCCUCAUUUAGUUCAAAGGAGUUGUUUUUCCAACUUCAUCUUGUAUACCUUCUUUUAAAGGCUACAUUGACUUUACACACAUGCAAACGUACAUAUAUGUGUAUGAAUCAUCUGUCUAACCUUAUAUAUAUAUAUAUAUCCUAACGUAUUUAUUGAGAUUCUACAGCCACGUGAUCAUUUCAAUGCACUCGACUGUGUAGAAUUCCCACUACAGACAAAUGAAACUAGUGUUUAGCAAAUUGACUUUUUUCAUAUUUUAUUUUUUUUUGUUAGUAGUUCACUGAGUUGUACCUGCUCAUUUUUAUAGUCAUGUUGAUAAUGUCGAUAUUGACUAUCCCGUUUUUAUUACGGUUCUGGACGCUACUAACUCAAAAGUACGCUUAAUGUCCUAUUAAUAAGUGAAUAAAUUACUAGCAUAAUAGUG